AUGGCCUCGCCUGACAGCAUCUCCAAAUCAGGUAUCACCACCGACGCCGCCACUGGAGAGCGCUACAUCCCCUCCUCCGUGCGACCCGAUGGCUCCAAACGCCGCGAAAUUCGUGUCCGUCCGGGCUACAAGCCCCCCGAGGAUGUGGAGCUGUACAAGAAUCGUGCUGCAGCUGCUUGGAAGAACCGCGGCGGGAAGGGUGGCGUGCCGGGCGCAGAGGGGCUGAGUAGCGAAGACGACAAGACGGCCGCCCAAAGCCCCGGGACCGCAGCCAGCAACAAGAACGCCAAGCGGCGGGAGGCGCGAAAGAAGGCCAAAGCUGAGGGGGAAGAUAGGGAGAGCGAGAAGAAGGGCGCAGAGUCAGACAACUGGCGCGCUCCUCCUGCCGCUGCUCCUGUGGAAACGAAACAAGAAUCGGCUGUGGAUGCGGAGGCUGAGCAGGAGAAGAAAGCCCGCAAUCUCAGGAAGAAGCUCCGCCAGGCGCGAGAUCUGCGCGACAAGAAGAACCAGGGUGAGGCAUUGCUGCCUGAGCAGCUGGAGAAAGUGAUCAAGAUCCAGGAGCUUGUGCGUCAGCUGAAUGCGCUGGGGGUGGAUGUCAAUGGCGACAAGGAGAACGAUGCCAAGGAGAGUGUCUGA